AUGGGUCGAAACAUCCCAAUCCUAAACCGGGACACGGACUGGUUAAAGGCCUGGAUCAUGAAAAACACCGCCGACCCGAAUAUGCAGAAAAAGUUGGUACUAGUGGUCGUCUCCAUCGCUCUACUCCUCGACAACAUGUUGUACAUGGUUAUCGUGCCGAUUAUUCCUCGUUAUUUGCGCGAGAUCCACGCCUAUGAUGUACAGUAUGUUGGUUAUCACAACGAAACACAUCGACUGAAGAACGGUUCAGUGGUGGUGAAGAUGGUCGGCGGAGAGAUUGACUACUUGGACGAGGAGAUUGAGUUGGGGUGGUUGUUUGCGUCGAAAGCGUUGCUACAGAUCUUUGUGAAUCCGUUCUCUGGCUUUGUGAUUGAUAGGAUUGGCUAUGAGUUGCCGAUGAUUAUUGGGCUUGUGGUCAUGUUCAGCUCGACCGCCAUUUUUGCGUUGGGUCGAAGUUAUAGUGUGUUGUUCUUUGCUCGGUCUUUGCAGGUGAGGUUUUAGGUGUUUUUUUGAAAUUUUAGGCUUGGAACGGCUUAAAUAAAAUUUUUUUAAUUAUUAAAAUUUUUAAAAAUUUUUUGAAAUUUUAAAAUUUUUUUUAAGUGAGAGUCAUAACUUUAAUUUUCAAGCCCUAGGGCAGUAAAAGACUUGAUAAGUUCUUAAUUCUCACCUUUACUCUUUAUAGGGCUUUGGCUCAGCCUUCGCCGACACCUCGGGCCUAGCUAUGAUAGCGGACCGUUUCACAGAAGAGAACGAACGUUCCGCAGCCCUCGGCAUUGCCUUAGCCUUCAUCUCCUUCGGCUGUCUUGUAGCACCACCAUUUGGCUCCGUACUCUAUUCAUUUGCCGGCAAACCGGUACCGUUCUUAAUUCUGGCCCUAAUUUGCCUUUUGGACGCUUUUAUGGUCUUCAUGGUAAUCCAGCCCAAGACCAAUGACAAACCGCCGGCUGCUGCUCAUGCUGUUGAUAGUAGUGAGAAGAUCAAUGGUACUCCAAUGUGGCGUCUCUUCAUGGACCCGUUCAUAGCUAUAUGUUCUGGCGCACUCAUUAUGGCCAACAUAUCCUUGGCUUUCCUGGAGCCGACUAUCACUACAUGGAUGGCAAUCAACAUGCCAGAUACGCCGAGUUGGAUGGUUGGCAUGGUGUGGUUUCCGCCGUUCUUCCCGCACGUUCUGGGAGUAUAUGUCACCGUACAGCUGUUGAAACGAUAUCCACAUUAUCCAUAUGCAUUUGCUGUGGUAGGCUUGGCCAUGGAAGGUAUUAGCUGCGCAUUCAUACCGUUUACUACUACCAUUUUCCAACUGAUCAUCCCGUUGAGUACCAUUUGCUUUGGUAUUGCUCUAAUCGACACAUCACUGUUACCUAUGUUAGGCUAUCUUGUCGACACUCGUCACGUCAGUGUCUACGGUAGUGUCUACGCCAUUGCUGACAUUUCCUACAGUUUGGCUUACGCAUUUGGCCCGAUUAUUGCCGGAAGCAUCGUACACAACAUGGGCUUCAUGGCCUUGAAUAUUAUCAUUUGUGUGUUCAAUCUGGGCUAUCUACCGGUCUUGUACAUGUUGAGGAAGGUGUAUGCAUACGAACAACUAAAUGGUCAAACGAACACUAAUGCUGCGCCACCUAAGCCACAAACACCGUUGUUGAGUACGCAAAAUGGUGGUGCUGUUGAUGAGGUGAAGCCGGCGAAUACAAAUGCAGCUAAUCCAUUUGCUGAUAGCUAUCAGACUGCAGCUGCUCCAGUACAACAGAACUUGGGUUAUGAUCCGUUGAAUCCGCAGUGGUAG